GUCGCCACACACACGGUGGCGCUUCUCCACGUGUGUUUGAGCGGGACAUGACGUGCAGACUGUCUUGCUCUUCCCGGUGAAAACCACUCUGCAUUAUUAUCAGAGGACGAACACAUUUGCUAAAUAUGAACAUAUAUUUCUGUGGAAGCAUCCGCGGAGGGAGACAAGACGUGAAUAUUUACCAGAGGAUAGUGAAGAAGUUACAGCAGUAUGGCACGGUUCUGACGGAGCACGUGAGCUCCGGCAGUCUGUCUGAAAAGGGUGAAGAUGCGGCUCUGGAUGGAGAUAAAGCCAUUCACGAUCGAGAUGUCGAGUGGCUGAUGAUGGCUGAUGACACCUGCAUGAACUUGAGCAGAACUGACUUCAUACUUCCACUAAAGUCUCCCAAGCCCCAUGAGAACUUUGAUAUUUUGUUAUCCAUUGCAGAAAUAUUAAUUUUUAAUUGUGACUUUCUGUGUCAGUUUUCUCAAACUCAGCUCCUGGAGGGCCACAGUUUAGCUCAAACCGUAAUCAAACACACCUGAUCCGGCUCAUCGAGGUCUUCAGGAUGUCUAGAAACUUCCAAGCAGCUGGGAUUUGGAGCUAAACUCUGCAGAGAUGUGGCCCCCCGGGAACUGAGUUUGAGAAAACUGGUCUAAGUACUUCACCGGGACACUGUAGCGUAUUAAAAUUACCACUGUGAGAUAAAUAUUAAAUAUAAUAUAAAGAGGCAAAGUGCAUUAAUGAUGAUAAUUUACCCUGUAAAGCCUGUCAUGAAAUAGUCCAAAUUUAUUUAUUUCGUUCUGUACUAUAUGGGCCAU